UGCAGUCAAAAAAACUGAUGAACUUGAACUUUGCAUACUUAAGUUUCGAAUCGAAAAGCUGUGAUUUGCCAAAAUGAGCGACGCUUUGCUUUGGGUUUGGCAGCAUUUGAGAGAUGCGCCAGGACACGUGAUGUCACACCUUUGCGCCGGAAAAUGCAAGAGCAAAGCAAGACUGGAUGGAAAAGUCGCUAUCAUCACAGGUUGCAACUCAGGGAUGGGUAAAGAAACCGCGAUGGAACUUUACAAACGAGGAGCACGUGUAAUAAUGGCUUGUCGAAACUUGGGAAAAGCUGAAUCCGCAAUGUGCGAUAUUCAACAACAAACCGCUAGCCUAAAAAAUGUCGGCGUAAUUUUAAGAAAGAAACUUGACCUCACAUCAUUUAAAUCAAUCCGCGAGUGUGCCGCAGAUAUCAUAGCUUCAGAGGAACAUAUCCAUCUCCUCGUAAAUAAUGCAGGAGCUUUUUUCCCUACGCGAGAACUCACACAAGAUGGCCACGAACUCCAAUUUCAGACGAAUUACCUCGGACAUUUCUUAUUCACCAUGCUCUUAUUACCAAAGAUUAUGAAGUCUGCUCCUGCAAGGAUUAUUACUGUUUCCUCAAUAGCUUAUAUUUGGGGCGACGAUAAAAUGCAUUAUGAUGAUAUCACACUUGAGAGAUCAUACACACCCUAUAGAGCGUAUAUCAGAAGCAAACUGGCGAAUGUUCUUUUCUCGGCUGAACUUGCAACGAGACUUAAAGGAACUGAGGUAACAACCUACAGUCUGCAUCCUGGACUAGUUGCAACUGACAUUUUCCGCCACUUAGAGGAAAUGCCUGAUGUAUCAAAGUUCUGGAAAUGUAUUUUUUUGAGUCGCUACUCUAAAUUGUAUUACAAAUCAGCCCGAUGUGGCGCUGAGACAAUUCUUCAUUGCUGUCUGGAUGAAAAUGCAGGAAAAGAAACUGGUCUUUACUACACAGACUGCAAGCCGAGAAAACUCAUUAAAAGAGCUCGUAAUCAGGAGGAGGCUAUAAGACUCUGGGAGUACAGUUGGACUGCAGUUGGUUUAUCCAAAGAUUAUGAUCCGUUUGUGAAAGGUUUAACGAGACUUCUAGAGUAAAAUCCUCCAUAAAAUAUUCCAAAGAAAGCUUGCCCUGAACAGGAGGGACAUUUUGAUAAAGUCCGUGUUUAAGUGCGGACGCUACCAAAUGAGCUGAAUACGAGGAUACCCUAGGUUCAUAAAUUGAAUAAUUAUCGAAGGUGAUAUGACGAAAAGAUCUAAUCUGCUAAAAUACAUGCGUUUAAAUAGGAAAUGCCUCCAGAUGACGUCAAUAUUAUCGGCGCAUUUUCUCACUUUUAAAUCUAUUUUUAUACUAUUUCCCAUCGCAGAAAAAAAUUAUAAAAAAUACUGCGAAAUCAGCUCUAGGCACUUUCAAAGCGAUAAGAGAGAUAGAGAGACACAAUAGCAUGAAUGCAGACAACAAUAAAAACACACUAAAAUACAGAAAACAAAUGGGGAUACAAGGCUAGAGGAGACAUAAAA